CUGUCUCCGCCUCAGUACGCGAUCGGAAGUGAAAGUGAUCACAUCUCAGAGUUGGUGACACAGUGUAGUGUGAUAAGACGAAAGAAAGAAAAUCAGCUAACGGCGGGCGUAAGAAUGUUGUCGGUACUUUCGAGAGUGACUCAGCGGGGGAGGGCCGUGUCGGCAUUGUCUGCGGUACAGCAUCGCCACGCAUCUACGGGAGGAAAAGAACCGAGCAAGACGGCGCUGUACGAUUUCCAUCAGAGCCACGGUGGAAAGCUGGUUGACUUCGCUGGUUACUGGCUGCCCGUACAGUACAGCGAUCAGAGUAUUAUCAAAUCGCAUCACUAUACUCGAAAGUAUGGAUCCAUUUUCGACGUUUCGCACAUGCUGCAAACGUAUUUGAGAGGCAAGGACGUCAUCAGCUGCUUCGAGUCGGUUUGUACUGCCGACAUCAAGGGACUCAAAAAUGGGACUGGAACGUUGACCGUGUUCACCAAUGGCAAGGGAGGAAUUUUGGAUGAUUUGAUUGUGAAUCGAGUGUCGGAGGAUACGUUGUACGUCGUAUCCAAUGCUUCGAGGAAGGAUACUGACAUGGCUGUCAUGAGUGAUGCAGUGGCAUCCUUCAAAGCCCAAGGCAAAGACGUCUCGGUGCAGUUCCUCUCCAGUGACGAACAAUCGCUCCUGGCGGUCCAAGGCCCACAUGCCGUUUCGGAUCUCCAGAAGCUGUGCACCAAGGACCUUUCGAGGCUGUAUUUCAUGAACAGCACCACCGAUACCAUUGCCGGAGUGGAAAACUGUCGCAUCACCCGGUGCGGAUACACCGGCGAAGACGGAGUGGAAAUCUCAAUUCCUUCCAACAAAGCCGCCGACAUCGCGUCGGCUCUCCUGGAGCAGAAAGUUGGCAAUCUCAAACUGGCAGGUCUUGGUGCUCGCGAUUCACUCCGACUGGAAGCCGGCUUGUGCCUGUACGGUAACGACAUCGAUGAAACUACGACUCCCGUGGAAGCCGGACUUCUCUGGUUGGUGGCCAAACAGCGCCGAGUGGAGAACAACUUCCCCGGGUCGGACAAAAUCAACAAUCAAAUUAAAAACGGAGUCACUCGACGCCGGGUCGGAUUCAAGAUGUCCGCGGGAUCGGCCCCCGCUCGGCAGCACGUGGAAAUUUUCGACAACGAACAUCACAAAAUCGGCGAAAUCACCAGCGGCUGCCCGAGUCCGUGCUUGCAGCAGAACAUCGCCAUGGGAUACAUCCGGGAGGAAUCGAAGAAGGUGGGCACCGAGGUGACGCUGAAAAUCCGAGACAAGUUCUACCACAGCCAGGUCGCCAAAAUGCCGUUCGUUGCGACGCACUAUUAUCAACCCCCGAAAUGAGACGGUUGUUUGCUAUUAGGAUGUUGAAUAAUGUAUGUUGUGCUGCUACCAGUGCAUGUUUGUUUUAGCGCGUGUAUUAUUUAAUGCUUGCUCGGCUUAUCGGUUGACCCCGGUUGGGCAGGAUGAAUCGUUUUAAAGUUUACGGCUUGACAUUUGAUAAGCAAUCAAUACAUUUCACAGCGAA